AUGUCGUGUGUACCUCGGACGCACGCAUUUCUCGUCCUCGCUUGUUUACAGUACUCGGCUUCGCCUCGUACUGCAAAAUCAGGCUCGGACAAGAAACUUGCGCUUUGCGUCCUCGUUGCACAAUGUACUGCAGUACAACACGUGCAAAUAAUUAUCAAAUUAAAAAGCAAACUCAUAAAUUUUUAUUUUUAUAAUGAGAAUUUCUUUUUCUUUGUUUCAGGUAAGUUGAAAGAUUCUCUCGUGAUUAGAGGGAAAAAAUUAGACGAGCAUAUAAAAAAUGAAGCAAACGAUGUUGAAUUAGUGAGAUGCUAUUGCAAUCAGCCAGAUUGUGUUUCCCAGUCUUAUCUCUGCAUGGGCCGUGGAUGUUUCACGGAAUUGCCAUCAAGUUUAAAUCCAGCGUCUUUGAGGCCAGAACACAGUCCAUAUAGUGGUUGUCUGGAGAAAAGUCUCAAGGAAAGACAAUGCCCGCCUGGAUAUUUGUGCUGCGAAGAGGAUCUUUGCAAUCACAUUGACAGUCCUGCCGUGAGGAGUAGGCUCAACAAAACUCUUCAAGUGUUAGUUGGUGAUUCGAGGGCCUUUUUGGGACCAAUUCAACCAACGGGCCAAGGAAUACAGAAUACAGACGGCUGGUUCCGAACUGCGACGAUUGCAGUGCCAAUUUGCGGCCUUAUAGUUCUUCUAAUUUUGGCGACCUUAGCGAUUAGGCUGCUUCAACCAUUGCCAAAUCAAAUUGAUAAAUUGGGCCCACAUCGAAUGCCCGAUAACGCUCCACCUCUACUGGGAACACCGAAAGUGCCUUUGGUCUAAAAAAGACCUCUUCGAAAGGAUCCAAAGACUUUUAUUUCUAUCAUUCUAGAAUUGUCUUUUUUAGUAUAAAAAACUUCACUCGUUUAAUUUAAUUUCAUUCGUAAGUUUCUUUAUUUAAAAAUUAAAUUCCAUUUUAUUUCUCGACAAAAACAAUAAACAGAAAAUUCUCUGCUUUAUUUGGUUUUAAUUUUUCAAAUACAGAUUAAUUAUAAUUUUUUAAUUAGAAAAAUGGCUUUAUUUUAAUUAAACAAAAAAAUAUGUAUAUAGAAGAAA